AUGGUUAAAGGAUUUCUUGCUUUCCCCUCAGUGAACCGCUCCUGCACAGUCCCGAGUAACCGGACGGGCUUCUUGUGUGAUGACAGAGUGACCUGCAUCCCGGCCAGCUGGGUCUGUGACAGAGUCAGCAACUGCAGGAAUGGAGAGGAUGAGCAGGAGAAGCUCUGUGGUGACUUGCCCCACAGCCUCCCAGGAUACCUGGUUUUCCUCUGCAGUAACCCCAGAUCCUGGAUCUAUGCAGAUCAGAGGUGUAACGGGAUGAACGACUGCGGAGACUGCUCUGACGAGCUGGGGAGCUUGGCCUCCUGUCCUCCAUGUGGGUGGGAGUGGUGGAGCUGCAUCCCUGUGCACUACGAGUACUGCUCCUGCAUCCCCAGGAGGCUGUGCCGGGAUGGCAUCCAGCACUGCCUUGGCUGGUCGGACGAGUACGUGUGCAGACCGUGAAGUCCUGGCACCCCUCAGUGCUGGAGACAGCAGGGUGCUUCCUGCACUGUCACCUCUGAGCCUUGCUGUCUUCCUGCUCUGCCACCCACUUGGGAAGCUCCAAUCCAAGCAAAUCCUCAGGAGCAGCGCAGUGAACAGGGACCAGGGGCACGUGGCAGCCCAUGCUGCAGGCUGGGUACUGACUGUGGGACACCUCCAAGGAUUCUCCUGUCGUGUGAAGGUGAGCACUUCCUACAUGGGCUUCUAUGGCCUUGCAGCUCUGACUCGAUGCUGUGCAGCUGUUGGUACUCUUCAUCAGCUGCUGCCGGCACAGACACAGUGUCUGGGCAGCCCUGGGCCAGGGGUUCCUCCUGUAUGGACAUGCUGGUGCCUCUACAGGCACAGGCAGGAGGAGAAGCUUCUAUUUGCAUUCAAAACAUGUCGGCAGAUGGUUUCAGCAGUGGCUUUGAGGUCCAUGUGUUGAUGCUCCUGGGACACUUCCUUGGGAAUGCUGUGCUGAGGAUGACACCCUGGGGAGCUGCUGCUCAGGCCAUCUCCUGCUCUGUUCUCAAACUAUGAAAGCCAAUGUGGAGAGCAUAAUGGCAGGGAAAAUUGAGAGAUGGAAGAG